AUGCCUCAACUCCUGAACAGCAUACUCAAUGUGAUCGAGGUGUUCCAGAAAUAUGCCAAAGAGAAUGGGGACUGUGCUUCACUGUGCAAGGAAGAGUUGAAACAGCUGCUCUUGGCUGAGUUUGGAGACAUCCUCCGGAGACCAAAUGACCCAGAGUCUGUGGAAACCAUCAUGAGCCUUUUAGACAGAGACAGAAAUGGACAUGUUGAUUUUCAUGAGUAUCUCUUGUUGGUGUUCCAAUUGGUCCAAGCCUGCCAUCAUAAGCUAGAUAAUAAACCAUGUGGAGAUAAAACUUCCCGGCAAGAAAGGGGGCAGGAAAGAACACAAGACCAUAAGUUUCCAGGAAACACAGGCAGGCAACACAGGCAGAGGCAUGAGGAAGAAAGGCAGGACUCCCACUACAGUCAGUCUGAGAGACAGCAUGAGGACUCCCACUCUGGUCAAUCUGAGAGACAGGGUCAGGACUCCCACUACAGUCAGUCUGAGAGGCAGGGUCAGGACUCCCGCUAUGGUCAGUCUGAGAGGCAGCGUCAGGGCUCCCACUAUGGUCAGUCUGAGAGACAGCGUCAGGGCUCCCACUAUGGUCAGUCUGAGAGGCAGCGUCAGGACUCCCACUAUGGUCAGUCUGAGAGACAGCGUCAGGACUCCCACUAUGGUCAGUCUGAGAGGCAGCAUCAGGACUCCCACUAUGGUCAGUCUGAGAGGCAGCGUCAGGACUCCCGCUAUGGUCAGCCUGAGAGACAGCGUCAGGACUCCCACUAUGGUCAGUUUGAGAGACAGCGUCAGGACUCCCACUAUGGUCAGUCUGAGAGACAAGAUGAGGAUUACAGCUUUGAUCAGUCAGAGAGACAAGGUCAAGAUUCCAGCUCUGGUAAAAGACUGAGUCAUAAAUCUAGCAGUGGCCAUCCUAAAAGGCAAGAAUAUAUCUUUGCCUUAAAUCAGUGUGAGAAACCAGUUCAGGAUUCUUAUUAUGGUCAGUCUGAAAGGCUUGGGCAACAAUCAAGCUGUGGCCAAUCUGGAAGACUUGGACAAGACUCUUACCAUAGCCAGACAAACCAACAGGAAUCAGGCUCUUACUAUGGACAGUCUGGGAGGGCGGAUCAGGAAUCAGGCUGUGCCCAGAAAGACAGGCAAGGACUGGAUUCUCACUAUGGUCAGACAGACAGACAAGGCCUAAGCUCUCAAUAUGGUCAGACAGACAGACAAGGCCAGAGCUCUCGAGAUGGCCAAACAGACAGACAAGGCCUGAGCUCUCAAUACAGUCAGACAGACAGACGAAGUCAGAAUUCUUACUAUGGUCAGACAGACAGACAAGGCCUGGGCUCUCAGUAUGGUCAGACACACAGACAAAACCAGAGUUCCCACUAUGGUCAGUCACAGACUGGGAAAACUGAAAUACAAAGGCCAAAUAGGUAUUUCCAAGGGACUGAGGGGACAAGAAGGGACUCAUAUGUUGAGCAAUCAGGAAGAUCAGGGAGACUAAGUCAACAGACUCCAGGACAGGAAGUGUACCAAAACCAGCAACAGGGAUUCCAGUCUAGGGACAUGCAACAGGACAGCCACCAGGUCUGGGAGCCUGAAGAGGAUAACCAGCACCACCAACACAAGCUCUUAGCACUAAUACAGCAAGAAAAACCACUCUGCCACAAAGGGAGAGAUGGGCAAUCAUGCAGUAGUGAGCAGGGCCACAGACAGGCCCAGACCAGGCAUAGCCAGAGCGAGGGGAAGAGCCACAGGGCAGAGGAAGAGCAGAGUCAUCAAAGCUGGGGCAGACACAGCCAUGGGGGGCUGGAAAGUCCAUGGGAGGCACAGGACAGGCAAACCUGGGAAGAUGAGCAGAACCGUCAGAGGCAAGACAGGCAAACCCACAAAGAUGAGCAGAACCACCAGAGGCGAGACAAGCAAACCUGGGAAGAUGAGCAGAACCAUCAGAGGCGAGACAGGCAAACCCACGAAGAUGAAGACGAGCAGAACCAUCAGUGGCGAGACAGGCAAACCCGGGAAGACAAGCAGAACCAUCAGAGGCGAGAUAGGCAAACCCGGGAAGAGGAUCAAAACCAUCAGCAACAAUGGGAUAGGCAAAACUACAAGGAGAAAGAGAAGUAUCAAGGGUCCCAGGAUCAACAAUCCCAAGGCACCCAGCGAGGCUGUCCUAACAAAGAAAAAUUCUGCAUGAAUGAGGAUGACCAGAGCCGAGGCUUACAGGGAAGACGCAGGGAGCCAGCCUUCCAUCCAACCCAGAGUGGUGGGAGGCCUCAAAGAAGAGAACAAGGUGGAGAUCACCCUAUCAAAGCAGCUAUUGCUCCCAACCCCUUCUAUGACUAUGUGCAACAGCAGAAAUCGCAUCAGUACUAG